AUUACUCUCAAACAAAUCCAUCACUCAUUUCUGUAGAGCUUUUGAGAAAUUCAGAGAGAUGGAGGGAACCGGAAAAGUGAAGAAGGGCGCCGGAGGAAGGAAAGGCGGUGGUCCGAGGAAGAAGUCGGUGACGCGUUCAGUAAAAGCUGGUUUACAGUUCCCCGUCGGUAGGAUUGGCCGUUACCUGAAGAAAGGACGUUAUGCUCAGCGAGUUGGAACCGGUGCUCCGGUUUAUCUUGCCGCCGUUCUCGAAUACCUUGCCGCAGAAGUGCUGGAAUUAGCUGGAAAUGCAGCUAGAGACAACAAGAAGAAUAGAAUCAUCCCAAGACACGUGCUGUUAGCCAUAAGGAACGAUGAGGAGCUUGGAAAAUUGUUGGCAGGAGUAACAAUUGCACAUGGUGGUGUUCUUCCAAACAUUAACCCUAUUCUAUUGCCCAAGAAAACUGCUACCAAGGAACCUAAAUCUCCAUCCAAAGCCACUAAAUCUCCAAAGAAAACUGCCUAGAUGAAUCUGAUUAGACUAUUCUCCUUUUGUAUCUGUAAUUUUAAGCAUCUCCUUCUUACAACCCUUCAUGUUUGUUGAUUGGGUAGUUUGAGAUAAGAGUUGCAGAAUAGUUUAUAUCAUCAGAGAAUAUUGAAUUUGAAUGAAUGAAACCACUUGUUUCUUUUA